CCCAAUCUUUCCCGGCCUGACAGUCUCUUCUCGAUUGAGUCUGCCGAUUGGGCACUAGCCUGCCUUUGUGGCUCAACUCGGAAAAAAAGAAAAGCAUGUCACGCUUUAAUAUCCCGGGCACUGAUGGCACUGGCGGGGCGGGUGCUAUGGGGCACGAUGCGGAAGCCAUGAACCACGGGGCGGGUGCUAUCGAGCCAAGUUCCAACUUUGAAUCACUGCUGGCCCAGCUGCGUGGUCAAUCUGGUGCUGAGUCUCCUGGCCCUGAGCCUCCCACCCACUUCAACUCUUACCAUGGACACCCAGGCAGCCAGUCAUUCUACAGUGAUCCAGCUGCAGAUUCUCCGGCAAUGGGCAGCUCCUUCCAUUCCGCCAUGGACAUGUCGGCGUUCGCAUACCCCCCUGCUGCUCCUACCCCUCCAGUCCAGAGUAUGGGCCAUCCCCAUGGGCCCUCGGGCUUGUCUAGCACUGGUGGCAUGAAUCGUGGUCCGGGAAAUGAUCGCAAGUCGCAUCUGCUCCAUCUCCUAAAGUUUAGUGGACAGGAAGGUCAGGCGACUCAGCAGGUGCCUUCCAAGCCUACUUCACGAGAGCCAUCGUCAGGAUAUCACCCCACUCAAGUCUCCCAGCCUGUGAUCCACGCCCCAGCUCCGGCAGCUCAGGACCCCUCUGGCCUGCUCGCUGCCCUUAUCAAGGGAAAUCUCCACACCGAACCGGCAAAACCAGAGCCAUCGAGCCAAACCUGGAAUACGGCAUCCCCAUCUUCCGGCACUCAGCAGUAUCUCCUCAAUCUUCUGAACCGCCCGAAACCUAGCCAGACCGACGCGUCUGCCGAGCCUUCGCACCCAAAGAACGAGUCUGCCAACGCCCAAGCAGGCGGUGGACCCGCCGAAGCGACUCCGGUUUCCGCCAUCGCGUCGAGAUCUUCGCACCAUUCCGAGUCGAAAUACCACGACUCACCGCCCGUCAAAUUCGAAUCGUCGCCUCUGUCGCAGCAAGGUUCAACGGCUUCGAAGCCGAGCAUUUUCGGAUACACUAAUCCAUUCGAGAACCUGUCAGCUACUUCACCUCUGAAUCGAACUGCCAAAUCCUCGACUACGCAGGCAGCCUCGAGUUCUGCUCAGGAUAAGUUUGACCCCGCUGAUACUACUAUCACGUUUUUCGGGUCUACCGAUUACGUGCUGCCCGUUCCCCCUUCAGAGCAGAAGCGCCCCGCCCCGGAGCGUAGCCCGCACGAGAGCCCUCAGCACAUCAGGCGCAAGACUGAGCAAACCCCCUCGCCCCUUUCUCACCGUUCCGUCAACCGCACCCCUGCCACCUCAGAUUCGCGUUCCGGCGUCCGAGGUGUGGAGGGCAAGACCAAGGACACUGUUGCUGAGGCUAUCAGCAGCAUCGCCCAGAAAGUGGACAGUGAGGCCCAAGAGGCUCUCGCCCGCGCUGAAGAGGAACAAGGUCAGGCCGAGAUUGCCAAGGAGCUCGAUGAUCUGCUCAACGCCAAAUCCGACGAGCAGUUCGACGAGUCUGCGCACGGCGCUGCUCAGGCCAUCAAGAAGGAAUUGGACAAGGACGAUAACAAGGGUGCUCUCGAAACCACCCUUUCCCCGCACGUCGUCAAGGUCGUGAGGGAGAUCGUCGACGACACCGCUCAGGAAUCUCAGGCUCCAGUCGCUGAUAGCUGGGAGAGUGCCGAGGCUGACCAGAUUGUUGUCAUUGAAGAGAACUCGACCCCCGUCGAGGUCAUCAACUUCCCAAUGAAGCCCUGGAUCUCCAUCUCCCUCCAGGGAGAUACCGAGCGCGCCCGUCCCAUUUUCCGGGAUGAAUCGACUCUGGACAUCGCUCGGUUGAAGAAGGAAUUCGACCAGAUCGAUCGUAACCUGGUCGCCGCGUCUGAGAACUACAUCGCCUACGGCAUGUCCAAGAACGGGGGCUUGCGAGUCAUCCGACAGGACGACGGCGUGGAUGCCAAGCUCUUCACCGAGACCCAUGAUCGCAUCUUCAACGUCGCCAUGACUUGUACUCCUGCGGAUCAGAAUGUGACUCCGAAGGAAGCCAUUCUCGGCACCGGCGUGAGUGGUGCUGUUUACUGGCUCCUCGUCAAGGACGGUGGCAAGGAUCACCUUGACGAUGCUCACCCGGAACAGUACGGGUUCGUCCUGCCUCCCGUCUCGAACCAGGAGGGCGACACCCCCGGCGGUGUGCUCAAGACCAGAGCUCGAACUUCGUCCACCAACCCCGAGUACUUCGCCGUUGGCCGUGGAAAGUCGAUCAACAUCAUCUGGCCGUCUUUCAUCCUCGAGAAGAAUAUCUUCAAGCCCGGCCAUGAUCGCGUUGUGGACACGGAGAAGCUUUUCAAGCAGUGCUCGCUGAAGAUCAAUACCGGUAAGGCCGGUAAGGAUUUCACCUUCAGCCAGGACGACACGACCGUUGUCUCGCUCGAUAAGUCUGGCCGCGUCAAGUUCUGGGACGUCCGCGACCUGACUGCGGCCGCCGAGGGUUCAGAUCCCCGGAACCCCAUGCCUGCCCACACGGCCGUCGAGGUCAAGGAGCCCUUGAUGACCUUGACCACGACGCCCGAUGGCGAGAAGGCCUGGCCGACGUCGGUUCUCCUGUUGGACAAGCUCCGACCCUACCAGAAGCGUACGGCCCUGCGCUAUAUGAUCGUGGGAAUGAAACAGAACCACACUCUCCAGCUCUGGGAUCUUGCGCUGGGCAAGGCCGUGCAGGAGUUCAACCUGCCGCACAGCAACGAGUCGGAUGCUGUCUGCAGCGUCAUGUACAAUCCUGCCACGGGAAUGAUCGCCAUCGGCCAUCCGACCCGCAACUCGAUCUACUUCUUGCAUCUUUCGGCGCCGAAGUACAGUCUCAAGAACGUCUCGCAGGUCGAGCUCAUCCAGCGGCUCGUCAACCAGGACACGUCGAUCCCUCAGCCCGAGUCCACGGCCGUGGUUAGCGGCAUGCGCGAGUUCUCGUUCGCCCCGAAGGGCAUCCUGCGGAGCCUUGACAUUCUCCAGACUCCGACCACGACGUCUACCACGGACGACGAUGAGCCAACCCUCUUUGAGCUGUACGCUAUGCACUCUAAGGGCGUGACAUGCCUCUUCAUCAAGAGGUCCGAGCUCGGCUGGAGCAAGGACAACAAAAUCAGCGCUCCGGUUGACUCUAGCCAGGUUGCCUCUAUCACCAUCGCCAAACUUUCGUCGUCGCAGGCUAUAGAGUCGCCGCAUACCAAUGCUGUGGUGGAUUCGGCUGUCUCUCAGGUCCGCCUCGCCACGCGCAGCAACCUCAAGGACGCGAUUCUGAAGACGCCGUCCUCCCAAGGCGAUGAGAGAAAGGGCCCCGAGUCUGCGACCCCGGCUAGACUCUCUGGCGACCGGAAUGAAGAGGAAACCCCUGUCCCACAGCCCGAGAAGUCGGAGAAGAAGGGCCGAAAGAAGAAGGCCGCCGCCGCCGCCGCCGCCGCUGCUGCUGCGGCCGCGGCAGCCGCAGCCACCGCAGAUCGUGAGUUCGUGGUCUCAAACGGCAUUGCCAACAGCCAGGCCGCCCAGGGCAAGCCCCCAACUUCCAAGGCGACGACUCGUGUUGUCGAGCCUACUCUUUCCGCAUCGACCACUGUCUCCCCCGAAGCAUUUGAGGCGCUCGUCAAGAACAUGGAAUUCCGCCUCGGCCUCAAUAUGUCGAACCGGCUGGAUACUUCACUUGCCGAGCUGGUCAACCAGCUCAAUGAGCAGCAGAAUGUCCGUGAGGGCAAUUUCAUGGCGAUCCAGGAAACCCUGCUCCAUGUCAUCUCGGACGUGCUCAACAAGAACACCGAGGCCGUCCUCAAGCACGUCAUCCAGGAGCAGUACGAUACGUUGCGAGAGAGGCUCGACGAGACGGAGAAGUCGACCCGGGAAAUGGUCGCCAAGUUGGUUGGCGAGGCAGUCGACAAGUUGGCUAGAGAGGCCGUCGACAAGAUGGGCGACAAGGUGGCCGACAAAGUGGCCGACAAGAUCAUCGCGGAUCAUCAAUCCCUCCAGCGGGAGACUCUGCAGAUCUUGCCCGACAUCAUUGGCCAUGCUCUCCAGAAGCCCGAGACCGUGAAGUCCAUUGCCGACAGGGUUACUCAGAGCAUCAACUCCCACAUCGUCGACAGCGUUACCAAGACUCUGAACAACAACGUCGUCCCAGCCUUGACUAAUAGAACCGUCCAGGCUGUGCAGAAUGUUGGCAGCGACGUCAACCGCCUCCACGAGCAGAUUGCCCACUUGGAGCGACGGCACCACGGUGACCAGUCCAAGAUUGAUCAGCUCAUUGCGCAGACCACCCACUUGUCGACCAUGAUCUCGACCAUGGCUGCCUCACAAUCUCAGAUCCAGAAGGAGUUCAUUGCUCUCAAGCAGCAGAUGCGGGAUCGGGAGCCUCAAGCCCACGACUCCCCCGCUCACGGCCAUGUGCGUUCGCAAGGCAGCGUUGGCUCGCACAACUUCGCCGGCCAUCCGGCGCGGGACCUUGCCACGUACGGCCAGCAGCAGGGAUCUUCUAGCCAGGAGCAGCCGCAGCUCAUCUACCCGAACCCCAACCGCGAGAGCCGCGAGCUCGAGCAAGCCAUCCAGACCAUCGAAAGUCUGAUGGAGAGCGGCAACUACGAUGAAGCCAUGAUGCGCUGGCUCCAGAGCGGAAACAAGGAGGAAGAGAUCUUCAAGCAGGUCAUUGUCAAGUACAAUCCGACCUUCAUCGCCGAUCUGCAGCCCCUGCUGCUCCUCUCUGUGGGUGCCACCGUCUCGGCCGAUCUGGACGGUCCGGACGUGGCCCAGAAGCUGGCCAUGACCGAGGUGGUGAUCUACUCGUUCAACCGCAUGGUUAACAACCUGGAUGACCAAGUUCGGGAAGUGACUCCCAAGAUCAUGGGCCUCCUGAAGACUCGCAUCGAGCACCUCUUCGUGCGCAUCAGCCGCAUCGCCCCGAACGACCCGACUCUCAAGAGCCUCACCAACAUGGCCAACGUCGCUGGCCGCAUCAACGACAUCGCUCGCUCCGGCGGCGUUCCCGAUGCCAACUACUAAAGGCCGACGGCCCUUUUUGCUCUACAAGACUUGCUAUUUCGACACGGACGCUCUUGCGAUAUACCCCGGUGUCUUCUCACGAUGCAUGCAUGCCUCAAUUCACGUUCUUGCGAUGUUUUGCAUUUGCACUGGUCCAUGGCAACGGCUCCCUGGGUGGCUGCCGCACCUCUUCAUAUGACAGACAUGAUGGUUUUUGUAAUUUUUUAUCUCUGGUUUGACCCCAUCAUAGGGGGCGGCCGCGGAUGUCUUUGGUUCGCACACAUUUGGUUCCAGUUUCUUGAUGAUUUUUUUUUGACGUUUUCUUCUUCUCAUCCCGGACGAGGUGUCAGGCGACUACUGCCCUGCUAGCACCUACCUAGUUGAUACCCGACCGGAUCUCGCACUCGCACCUGGCCACCUUGGUUGGCAGG